CUAAUUUCACACCAACCCUUGAACGUCCUAGCUUGUAGGUUGAUUUGGCUGGCUCUGAUAUCAAAUUAAUCCAAAGCCUCAAACAAGAGAGCAAUCGCUCACCAAAAAUAAGGAAACUUCGCUUCGCGUCCAUUUUGUUGGUGUCAGUUUCUGCUUUUGUCCUCCUCUGUCUUCCUCCUCAUUGAUGCAGAGCAGCAGCGGAGGAGGAAUAAUAUGCAGAAAUCCCAAUCCCAUUUCAUCAGCUUCAUCACUACCACAACGUAAAUACAUUUCGUAUUUGAUUGCCUUGUGCUUUACGUAAUCUCAAUCUACCUGUUGUUCUUUUGUGCACUGGAGUGAUCGAUCAUACAUAAAAACCAGUCAAGAUGAACGACUUGUUUUCGAGCUCGUUCAAGAAAUACACCGACCUGAAGCAGCAGGCCUACCUGGACGACAUGGAGGCCGGGAAGGAGAAUAUUAACCUUGACAAGUUUUUCGAAGAUGUAGAGAAUGUGAAGGAUGAUAUGAGAGAGGUGGAGAAGCUCUACAAGCAGCUACAGGAGGCAAAUGAAGAGAGCAAGAUUGUCCACAAUGCCAAAACCAUGAAGGAGCUCCGGACCCGAAUGGACUUGGAUGUUGAGCAAGUCCUCAAGAAGGUGAAGAUCAUUAAGAAAAAGCUGGAAGGCCUAGAGCGUUCGAAUGCAGCUCAUCGAAACAACCCUGGUUGUGGACCUGGUUCUUCAGCUGAUCGCACGAGGACCUCAGUGGUUAGUGGCUUGGGGAAGAAACUCAAGGACAUGAUGGAUGACUUUUCGGGAUUGAGAGGAAGAAUGACAGCCGAGUAUAAGGAGACAGUGGAGCGUAGGUACUUCACUAUAACUGGAGAGAAAGCAAGCGAAGAGACUAUUGAGAAUUUGAUAUCAAGUGGAGAAAGUGAGAAUUUCAUGCAGAAGGCUAUCCAGGAACAGGGGAGAGGUCAGAUCAUGGAUACCAUUUCCGAAAUUCAAGAGAGACAUGACGCUGUGAAGGAGAUUGAGAAGAACUUGAUCGAGCUGCAUCAGAUAUUCUUGGACAUGGCUGCCCUAGUGGAAGCACAAGGGCACCAGUUGAAUGACAUUGAGAGCCAUGUUAUGCAUGCUAGUUCCUUUGUCAGACGCGGCACGGAUCAGCUUCAAGAGGCCAAGGAGCAGCAGAAGAAAUCGAGGAAGUGGGCGUGCAUCGCUGUACUUCUUGGAAUAGUUCUUCUUAUUGUCAUCCUAAUUCCAGUCCUGAUCCAAGUUCUGCCACAUAUAAUGAAAUCUAAGUGAGAGCUGGUCCUGAACUUUCUUUGUUCUUGGAGCUGUGAAUCCCUGUCUGUGAAAGCAUCUGUGCUCCGAUUUCGCCUUAGGAAGAAACAUAGUUAGAUCUUCAGAAAAGUUUUGUUUGUGCUGUUUCAAUGUCUCACCUCAUCCAACUUGUGACCCAAAGCAAAGUAGCAAAAUUUAGACAGUCACAGAAGUUCGACGCUUUCAUUUCAAAUUGGGGCAUUCUACAAGGUUUUGAAACUCAGUUCCGUGCACAUUUUGGGAAUCCUAUAACCUUUUGGAUCUCUGCAGAGGACCUAACUGGCAGAAGCUUACAAUGACACUCUUAUGAAAGAGAUACCAGGAAAUGGAGAUCAUUUGUACU